AUGGACAUCGUGCCGUUUGUAACGGCCGCGGGCAACAACGAUGACGGUGGUAUUGGUGGUAGGACGGAGCAGGAAGCGAACCAGUACUUCUUGCAUUUGUUGCAGGAGAAUACUCAGGUGAACUUGUUCCUGAAUGACCCCCGCAUUCAAAGUGCCUUGGAGCUUCGCGCGGAACAACGACAUCGAUUUGCAUUGGACAACGUGUACGCCGAAGCCAACGCAUACAUUGCACACCUAGAGGCAACAGCGGAUGCGAAUCAUCGUCAACAGCUAGCAUUUGUGAGCCAAUCCACACACCUGUUGGUGGGACAGCUACACAAUGAAGUACGAGUGCUAGAGACAAUCGCCCGAGCAGAACGACAAUCAGCCAAUGAGCUGCAGGCACAGCUGGCACGCGCACAAGGGGAAAGUCAUGAUGAAAGGUCUAUGGCCAUGCAGUUUGAUGCACAUCGGUCCGAGCUGGAAGCAGCAGCGCGCACGCUCACUGCGGAAAACAGACAGCAUGAACGCCGUUUCGCGGAAUUGCGCUCGAGUAUCGAAGAAAACCACAGUGAGAUGAUUGCCUUUUUAGGGUCUGAGUUUGAGGAAAAGCUUCAAUGGGAAGAAAACGAGUACUACCAUAGGCUAACCUCUGAGGCACAGCAGUACGAUAGCUUGGUUGAUGACCUGCAGGACAGGAACGCGGAGCUUAUAGCUGAGGUCGACUCACUCAGGACUGUCUUGUCGACAGCGGAGAGUAGCCCACCGCAAGGUGGUGCCGUGCCGGUGAAAGUCGAUCCCAGUGAGAGCUCCAAACUUCAACCAAGCCCACCGCAAGGUGGUGCCGCAGCGACAAGCCCUGCUACGCUUUCCAGCGUGGGAAGUGCCCACGAGGUGAUAAGUGGAGGUAAAGGCGGUAAAGGUGGGGAGAAGAAGGAUACCUCCAAGAUUCCUUGCAUCUUUUACCCCAAAGGCACCUGCAAGAACGGUAAGAAUUGCCCAUUCAUGCACAAGGAUGCCGCUCCCUCUGUCCCGGCCAAAGGCGAUAAGGCUGGCAAGGACGGGAAGAGAUCGCCCUCCGGCAAGCGCAGGCGACCCAGUAAGAAAAGGCCAAAGAGUGAGGACAAGCCAGCCGCUUGCUGUCUUUCCCUCACAGCCACCCUCACGGGUGAGCCACCGGCCGAUGCUGUGAAGGCCUACGCAGUAGCAGCCCGCAAGGGCCCUGCCGGAAAGCCCCGAAGCAGGAAAGUCCAGUUCCUAAGGCCAGAAAUCAUUGACAUCCCGCCUGAGGGUGAAGGCUGGAGCUUCGUACCAGACAAGCACAAGUUCGAAUUCAGGUACAAGUCUGCGGAGCUAUGCCCACCAUCAAUUCCAGAGGACACCGAAGAAGCUUUGCAGAAUGCCCGUCACUUGGAAUCAGCAGUGAACGGGAUGAAGCUUAAGGUUCGGGUCAAGUGUGAGAACCUCGAAAUCAUCGCAGACACCGGUAGCGAGGAAGAUCUGAUUAGACCAUUGAUGGCAUGCUUAGCAGCAAAGUCCUCAGAAUCUGAUGGCAGCAAGGUUGCACCGACCUCUGUCAAGUCUGGUCCAGCUGGCGCGGCAGAAGAUCCCAUCGAAAAGAUGGCGAAUUGCAUUCCUCCCAUUCCUGGGGUGGAAACGAAGCAACUGCUAAAGGCAGGUUGGACUGUCAUCAACGGCAGCCCCGAUGACGUGUGGUCUUUGUUGGAGGAUUCAGUCAACAUUGAUGAAUUGGACGGAAUCUAUGGGGAAGCGCAAGCCGACAGCGAUGUCGAGCCAUACACAAUGCCAAAGUCUAAGAAGGAUGAACAACUUAGCGAAGACCUGGAUGAAAUGUUCCCAGAGCUAUUUGGUCCUGAUCGUGAUAAAGAUCCUCCGCCGAAGGACGCGAAAGAAGCCACCCGCAAGGGUGAGUCAAAGUCUGAUUCCCGUGCAGCAUUGCUUGAUGAUGUUCCGUUCUCUGUGAAGCAGAAGCUGAAGUCCAGCGCAGCAGUAGCAGCGCAAGAACCACCGUAUGGUUAUACGUGGAGUGGGGAAUGUUUGGUCAAGAAGAACAACAAGAACCGCCCUAACGCUAUUGAUCAUACUGCAUGGAAGGCUAUGUCGAAAAGACAAAGAGCAACAGCAAUUGCAGAACAUGAGAAGAAGCUACAUGAGGAGAAUGAGGCACUGUAUCGUGAAGCUGUAAAGGCGGAUUGGUGGGACGGCGAAACCUACUUCGACCUCGCAGGCCGGGAACAGUCUGAUUUCGAGCUGGCAGUUGCAGCUGCCCGCAAGGGCAAGCCGGUCGAGGUUGACAACAAGGUUUCGGUAGCAGCAGCUCCGGAUGCAUCAAAGGUUGUCGAGGACUUCGCUCAACAAUCGUUCGAGGCUAACGAUUACAGCUUCAAGACCUUCGAAAAGCUAGCUGGGCUUAUUCGUACCAAUCUCAAGGCAUCAUUGGCAAAAACGCGGUCAUUUAUGGCUUCUGAGAAUCUAUCCAAAUACUUGGUGUUCGGCGCUUGGGUCCAUGGUGGGUGCUUUGGUAUUACCAACCGCACAAAACAUUAUCCAUGGAUUUGCAGGUAUGUGAAUGGAUUUGUUAAGCAAUCAUCUCCGAAAGGGUUUACAUGGACUUCGUUCGUGUUCAACUUCAAUGGCAAGGCCCGCAUCCACACGGAUAAGUACAAUCAGAAAGAAUCGUACAACCUGACGUUCUCCUUCGGUAACUAUACAGGGGGGACACUGUGGAUUGAGGGCGCGAGCCAGUUGGGACCACCGGGAAUAUACACAGAUGAUCAUGGCAAAGACCACAAAGGCUACAAUUGCAACACAUACCGCAAGCCCACUCUGUUGCAUCCAUCGACAAAACAUGGUGUACAACCCUACACUGGCGAACGACAUUCCUUCAUCGCCUACUCUUCAGGGGGGUACCAGAAGUUCAACAAAAAGCAAAAGCAAUUCCUACAUCAAGCGCAGUUCCUCUUGCCUACGGCUCAGUUGAAGCUCCCAGCUCAGAAGGCAAUGGUUUGUUUGAGGUGUGUUGGUUCCCCUCUCGAUGAGGGGGGUAGGCUUAACAAACCGUGUUCUCGUUUCGAAAAUGAUUCGUUUGCACACACAUCGCUCGAGUGCACAAACACACAACAAACUGCAAGCCUUGACCAUGAAAUCUUGGCUUUCUUUAUGUGCACGCCUGCCAUUGCAAUUUCAGCUGGUUCUGAUCUUCUCGACUUGCCCGAAGCGACUUCUACGAUCCCCAAGAUGGCAGCCAUCGUUGUGAGCGACGAGUUCUGCAGGGUCAACACCUCCGAAGCAGACAGGAAUGGGGUUACCAAGGCCAUGAAAACCAUUCUCCAAUCCGCCGCCCUCAACAACGAUAUCAUUUCGCUCGGCGCCGAUCAUGAGAGCCAGCUCUUGGAGUCGGCGUACAGCUGCGUAUCCACACAAUGCGCGGCUGGGGUAUCCUUGACCCAUGCCGACGCAACCUGUGUGGCUCUGCGCCAGAUGGCUGACCUCAGUGACGAGGGACUCGCCAAGUUGAAGCCAACCGCAAGGUUGAGCCCCAAGGCCAAGCGAGCCAUCAUAGUCGUGUCAGACAGCUCCACUGCACUUUGCAAGAAGAACAGGCGGGGAGUGUUCGUUAAGGCCGACUUGGAUGCGGAAGUGAACAUCGCAAGCUUUACGCUGGGAUGGGCACAGACUCGCUAUACCAUGUGUUGGGGUAAAACCUUGGCGUGGAUUGUCUGGCAGGUCGAGGAGCAUGUGAAGGAGCUCAGGAGCAACUAUCCGGACCACACCAUCGACAUAAUCUGCUGGUGGUGCGGGAACGAGAUCUCCGGCCAGUGGGGCUGCAUCCCCACGCGGCUAGGACCGGGACUCGCCUACAGAGAUCCCAAUGUCACAACGGAGACCGUCGCACGGAAAGUGAGAAGGGCAGCGGAUGUUUUAGCCGCCCUCGCGGGCGAGCCGGACAUUGGUUUUGUGAAGGUGAUUGGGCAGGUGGAGGCGGACUUGUUCCAACUCCACUCAGCCUACAACGACUUCAAUGCCGCUAUGUUCGAAGAGUUCAGGCAGCGCGGUCUGCAAGUGCAAACCGCAAGCUCCUUGGUCGAAAAGCUGGAAAUGUAUGACAGCUUUCACGCCAGCGAAGACCCUCGCAACCGCGAGUUAUUCCAGACCUACUUGCAUGCGACUAUCAAUGCAAGCAGGAGCGAAUGGCUUGCCCAGAAGAUGGCACCCUGUGUCAGGGCUUUGCUUGUUCGCUAUGAGCACUUUGAGACUGGCUCCGAUGCCAACAAUCCAGUGCUCGAUGAUGUCUUCAAGCAGUGGCGUACAGAGAAGGACCAGCUGAUGAACCCGAAACAGGCCAAGCCAAUGCCGGUCACCCAGGAGGACAAGAUGUGGGAAGCCCCAGAUGCCGCUGACGCAAUCGACGUCAAUAAGAUCUCCGAGGGGCCACCCAUGGAUAAAGCCAUCCGCAAGGAUGUGCCAAGGAUCGGUGCAACCACGGACGUCAGUGCUGUGGCGGAAUGCGUCAAUGACAUCGUCACCCAGGACGCAGACGGCAAGGUGUCCUACAACACCCCGGGCACGGUGGAGCUGGUGGACGAGGGCGACCAGGUCGACCCUAUCCCCUCAUCGAUUGGACGUGUCGUUGAGCCAGCGCCUCCGAAGAAGACUAAGAAGUCUGAUCGAGACGAGGAUGCCAUGCGAAGGCUCAUGUUCAUCGAUGAAAGCGCCCCGCAAGGGGCUGCCACUGUGCCAGAGCUUCCAAAUGAGUACUUCUACAAUGGCAAGAAGCACUUGAUGAAGCCCUUCAACCCGGAGGACAUUGUAGGAGACAGGCACGUGACAUUCAAACACGGAGACCUGAAGUUUCUCACCAAGCUGCUGCGUGGCCAUGAAAUGGACGACUUCCCUGCAUUGAUCUUUGACCGUGGGUGCUGGACAGACGUCGACACUCUGCUCCAGGUCUUCAACACGGCACGAGGCGCACGCUGGGGUGUGAGGCAGCUGCUACGCGCAGCGAAAGCCGAUAAUAAGGGACGGAUCAGACUUUUGGGCAUUGACGUCCCAAUGAAGGACACCCUGGGUCAACCGCUAUUCCCUGUCAGAGUGAGGAUGGCCCAAGGGCAUAACUCCAAGCUCAUCGGCAAUAACCCGGACGCGGACUUCUUCCUUGCGACCAGGUUCUACAGCGGAUUGCCCGAGUACGAGGCCGACCUGCAGAGCAGCGUCAGGGGGGUCACUGUGCUCUCCCGCGAGGAUACCCCCCCAAAGCUCUUCCACCGCACGAACGAAAAGGGAAUGAAGGGUAUCCUCCGCGAUGGAAUGAUCGCCGGCUCCGCGAGGUCAGACAGGUCCCACAACUACCUGUCCCCGUACAAGUUGGACGACACCCACUACAAGAGUGGAAUGCGCUCCAACCAGCCGAUCGAGCUGACGAUAGACACGCAGCGAGCAAUCGCCGCUGGAUGCGUUUUCUUCGUCACGGAGACCGACGGCGUCCUCACACGGGACAAUGUGCCUCCCGAUUGCGUGCUGUCCGCCAUCGACACCAGCAAAAAGAACCUCCCGCUCUACGUCGCCGAGCACAAAGAAGCCGCCCGCGAGGGUGAGCCAGAGCGCAUUUUCCGCGCAAAGCGCGACUAUGAGGAGGCCGCAGCAGCAAGCUCAUCAUCGGCACCGCCCCCAAAACAGGCGGCUAUCGCUCCCAAAGCGAUUGCUUCAAAGAAGAUGCCGAAGGUGGUUCCCAAGCCCGCCGCAAUCGCCGAAAAGGACGAAAGCAUGGACUUGGAUGAAGCCACCCGCGAGGGUGAGCCUGCUGAUGCUGCUGGUGCAUUCGAUCUUGACGAAACCAAGGUUGAGGUUGAGGUCGAAGUCGAUGAAGGCGAUACAACGGAUGCGGGUGAGGAUGAGCCGUACCCACUUGGCUCUCACCCAUGCCGCGAGUGCGCAGCAGUCGUUGCCAAUGGCAUGCUGUUCUGCCUCCGUUGCAAGGCUCCCCAGACGGAUGACUCCAAGAAAAUCACAAAGCGAGUCUUUGAGAAUUCGAGACUCCGCCAGCGCCUUCUUGCCACCGCUGCGACUGGAGCCCAGAAGCCCAUCGAUGAUCUCCUUGCGAGUGACCUUCGAGGCCUGGGCGAGGGACCAAAGAAACGUGGUCAGAUGAGCGCGGAGGCCGCCGCCAUUCGUGACGCCAAAGACCGAAAGAUCAGGGCCGCCAAGUUGAACUUUGACACCGUGUCCGACCGCUUCGAGAAGGACGCGCAGUUCAACGUGAGAAUGAUGCAAGAGGGCCGCAGCCUUGAGGACAUGCAGAAAUUCGAUCACCUGUCGAACGCUGUGCUUCCCGAUCCAGGACGCAGUGAGGAGCAGCGCUACUUGCGUGCUGGCUCCCAUUAUGGUGGUGGCAAUGUCCCGCCUGCGAAGCUGGUCUAUUAUGCCCACUGCGAAGUGGAGCCGUUGAGGAACUUGCGGUUUAUCGAUGAUACCGCGGAUGUCCCCAUCGGCUUGACCUACCUCGGUGCAUUCCUCCCUCCGCGACUCUAUGCUGAGGUGGCAGCAGUGAAUGACGCUGCAAAAAGGAUCCUGACUUUCGACGGCGAAGUCUAUGUGUCGGCUACCACAAUUGAAGGCAUCACAACUGAGAUCGGACAGAUUCUUACCGACAGCCUCCGUAGUGCUCAGGACCAGACAGACCAAACGGAACGUCUGGCAGAGCGCAAUCGCCAGGCUGCAGUCCAGAAUCGCCCAUCCCAAAAGGGACGUGGUCGCACGACAGCACCUGAGCCCAUGUACAGAGGCUAUACUCAGGCCCAGUGGGACGAGUACUAUCGCCAGCGUCGUGGAGGUUACACUCAGGCCGAGUGGGAUGCAUGGAACCGCACCCAUAGGCGCUGA